AUGGCAUUUGUUCACAAAGUACCAACGCAUUUUCUCACCUUGGUGGAAGAAAUGAUGGGACUUCUUCAUACAGAAACAAACAGUCCCAGCGUAUCACCUUUGCUCUGCUCUACGAUAAGCUUGGCUCACCAGCUUGCCCCUGACAUAUUUGCACAUUGGCUUGUUUUAGUCACAUUGCUCAGCGAUGUUUGGUGGAUUGGAAAUAUUGGCAUAUGGGAGUUGAAACACAUUGUCUCUUUUACGCAGCGUUUACCAGAUCGAAUGGAUGUAUGGGGAAAGAAUGAAGAUUGGUGGCCCAAGAGCAUGCUUCAUGUUGCCCAGGAGCUGGACAAAUUUAUCUGA